AUGUUCGCUUGCCACACCAUCAUUGGCGUCGUCGCCAGCCUCGAUAUGCUUGCGGCCCCCGUGUCCGCGCGCACCUGGGCUGGAGGCGUUAAUAUGAACACGGCCUGUGUUAGCCAGUGGGGUGUAUCAUUCCAUGCUCAAAACGACAAAGCAGACAAUGCUGCCAAUAGUGCCUACGACUGGAACCUUGACGUCGGUGCCUUUUGCGCCGGCAGAUACGGCGGCAACGCCUACGCUGACCCUCAGGGCAAGAAGAAGUACGACUGGGGCUGCUACUAUCCCUAA